GGUCACGGCGGCGGCGGCGCCGCGUCCCGGCCCGGUCCCGGUUCCGGCCCGGUGAUGGCGGCCCGGCGGCUCCGCGGCGCCCUCCAGCUCGGGGCGCGGCAGCGGCUGCGGGCCGCGGCGGCCCCGCCCGGCAGGCACACGGCGCUGUGCGGGCUGCGGCUGCCGCGGCCGGGCCGGCCGGUGCCGGUGCCGGCGCCGCUGGAGCCCCGAGCGCAGCCGAGCCGCGGCUUCCUGAACCUCAGCAACAAGCGCAAGGAGUACUCGGAGCGCCGCAUCAUCGGGUACUCCAUGCAGGAGAUGUACGACGUGGUGGCCAACGUGGAGGACUACAAGAACUUCGUGCCCUGGUGCAAGAAGUCGGUGGUGGUGUCGCGGCGCGCCGGCCACGUCAAGGCCCAGCUGGAGGUGGGGUUCCCUCCCGUGCUGGAGCGCUACACCUCCAUCGUCACCCUGGUGCAGCCACACCUCGUCAAGGCCGUCUGCACCGACGGGCGCCUCUUCAACCACCUGGAGACCAACUGGCGCUUCAGCCCCGGCAUCCCCGGCUACCCCCGCACCAGCACCGUGGAUUUCUCGAUCUCCUUCGAGUUCCGCUCCCUGCUGCACUCCCAGCUGGCCACCAUGUUCUUCGACGAGGUGGUCAAGCAGAUGGUGGCCGCCUUCGAGCGCCGCGCCGCCAAGAACUUCGGGCCCGAGACGCGCAUCCCCCGGGAGCUGAUGUUCCACGAGGUGCACCAGACGUGAGGGUGGCCGGCCCGGGCCCCCCCGGACUGUGCCCACCCCCCAAAAUAUUUAUUCAAGUGCGUUUCCGCUGCUGUUGCCUCAACGCCGUGAGGAGCUGCGUCCCCCGGGCGCUGGACUCCCCUGGAUUUGUAGCUGAUUUGGGGUUUUAAGUUUUGUUUUAGUGGUUUUUUGUUUUUUUGGUUUUUUUUUUUUUUUUGGUUGAGUUUCAUCUUGUUCCUUUUUUUUUUUUUUUUUUUAACCCUUUUGUUUUUUUGUUCUUUUUUUUUUUAAACUCCUCAGCCAGGCCGGAGGGCCCCGGUGGGGGCAGCUCUGGUGCCUGGGCCCCGCCGUGCUUCGGGAGAACGGGGGAAUUUGGGGUGGGGGAAGCUGCUGGGACCCCUCCCAGUUCCUCCCCAGCUCUUCCAGAACAAAAGGGAAGGAGCCGGCGCAGGGAGGAGCCCACCCCGCCCCCGAUGUCGCACACUUUGCACAAGCCACACGCACAGGGUGGGGAGGGGGCGGCUCCCGCUGCCCCCCCCUGCCGCCCCCACCCCCAGCACCCUCUGCAGGGACCCCCACGGUCCCGACCCCACCCCCCAGCGGCCCCCCCGGCCCCGCUCGCGGUUCCUCACCUGUGCCAGGGGGAUGGGAAGGGUCUCGGUUCCCCCCUCCCCGGGGGGGUGAGGGGCUCCCGGAGCCCCCCCCGAGCUGCCCUGGCCGUGCUGCCCCAGAAGGAAGGGCUUUGACAGGCCAAUAAAGAGCAUUUUCCAAGG